UUCAAAAUCGCUCAAAACAGAAGCAUAUGUCAUGUCAACCCUGUGAUGUCUUUCCUGGAACUAAAUGUCACCUAAUGGUCGCUAUCUACAUGUAGUGGCUUCUCCAUUUGUGUCAUUAUGGAAUGCUUUGUAUUUCGUGUUUGUGACGUUGUUGUGGUCAAACUUGUUUGGUCGUAAAAAGGAAGGGAUCAAGUCGAGAAGGGCGCGUUACUGGAACCGAACUACCUACAUGGCCUCUCGCUCCCCUCGAGAUGGAAAACGUCCUUGCAAAUCUCAAAGCUCUUUUGAUGAAUUCGAAGAUGAUUUACCAAAAGAUAUCGCUCAUCUUCGGGCGUAUCAUAAGCAAGCUUAUGGCUACAUUGCAAAGGCUUUAGAAAUCGACGAAGAGGGAGGGGGCCUGUCAUCGAAGAAAAGAGCUGUAGAAUUCUACAAAAAAGGAGUUUAUGAGUUGGAGACAGGACUUCUGAUUAAUUGUGAUAGAGAAGGUGUGGUGUUUCAAUUUAUCAACUUGUCUAAUAAGUUACUUUACACUUGCACACCAAUGUGCACAAAAAGUCUCAAGCCUGGGANAAUAAAGUAA